AUGCGUCCUCCCAACGUGCUAACAGCCCUCAUACUGGCGAGCGCACCCUUUACACAAAGCUACCAAUUUUACGACUGCACGCCCCAACAACAAAACGACCUCACCAAUAUCAUCGGCCUCGCUCGGGCCUCCGUCGGGCCAGCGCUGCAGGAGCUUAAUAACCCUCGAGUCUACCCACCCUUUGAAGCCUUCUUCGGCGCAAAACCAAACUUAGGCCAUCUCGUAGAGAUUUUUCUGCAGGACAUCGCAGCCUUCUCCAAGAUACGUUUCCCUAAGCCCAGGCAAUCAUUCUUCAUUAGAAAGGAGCCCUCUUUCAUCUGCGCAAAGCCCACGACUCGCAUUCCGGAAGGGAGAUGGCGCAUCACGCCAGCGCAGAUGUGUCACCACAUGACAAGGGAGGGUAUGAAGGACGAAAUAGCGCUCAGUCUGACAGGGUGGUCGUACAUUCUCAUUUGCGAUAGAUUCUGGACAUUGCCAGCGGAGCCUACAGAGCCGAGGCAGAGGUUGUGCCCGGGCAUUGUGCCGGGACAGAAUCGGUUUGAGCCGAGAGGGUUGACGAUGGUUCAGCAUCAGACGUACAUGCUGGCACAUGAGCUGGUGCAUAAGUAUCUCAGGGGUAAUGAUCUAAGCAUGGAAACGACGCCGCUAGAGGUCUACACGCUUUGGGAUUGUAUGGCGUUGGAAGUGGAUGAUGCAUUGCGAAACCCGAACAACUUUAUGUAUUUUGUUGCCUUCGCCCAGUGUGGGUGUACGGUCGCGCCUGAUAAAUCGCAGCCUCCAUGGACGGAUGAGUCAGGGGGCAAUUUGACGGCGCUCUCUGAGCCUCCGCCGUUGGACUCCAACCCACAGAACGACAACUUGUCUGCGCUGCCAUUAGAUUUAGCUGGGACGUUUGAUCUUGAGAGUGUGGCGGGGCCAGCGAUCUUCAACACGACGAUCGACCCGGUUGCGAGUGAAUAA